AGUUUUGUUGUUAAUUUGAUGUGGUGAGCAGAGCAGAUGCACAGAGCUGGUGGUGGUAAUCUGGUUGUGCAUGUCCCCAAGAAUUCUCGCAGAACUGGCAGUUCCGCUGCACGAUCGAUCCGGACUAGUUGGUUCGAAAAAUUUAAUGCCGGAAUCGAUGAUUUUUCCUAUUCGCGAUAUGGACCGGAAUGUGCCAGUACUGCGACAGAUGUACAUUAAAUAUCCUUGCCUGAACUGCGCCUGCAACGGGCAGGUGGUUCAGCAGAAGCGGGUAACCGUCCCAGUGCCGGCUGGCGUUGAUGAUGGACAGACGGUACGAAACAAGGAGCUGUCCAUUACAUUCAACGUAUGGAAGAGUCGCUACUUCCGCCGACACGAUUUCGAUGUGCUCACUGACGGGUGCAGGACGUCUACAAAGAUCAGGCCACGUGUUUCUAAACGGGCCAACAACUAUGGCACCGGUGACCAUUUAAACCAGAUCCCGAUCAAGCUAAACAAGCAGCGUACGAAAUAAGAGUAAUGAUCCUCUGGACUGGAUCAGGUUCAUCUAAUUCUUCAACAAAUUCCACAUCAUCGUAACUCUCCAGGUCUUCAUCGUGCACAUCGAAAUCAACGUCUCCUUUUUCAGUGAGGAUAAGUUCGCUUAGCGCCCGAAAGAUGAUUGUUCUAGCGACUUAACCACACGAUGAAACCGGUUCUCAGAUCAGAUUAUAAGAAAAAUCAAUCGGAGGAUCGAAGUUAUAUUUCAUCCUCGGCGUUGCACGGGUCUUCGUAUGGUACGUGUAUUACACCAGAAAAUUCCCCACCAGCUGCAACUAGAACGAAAUACAUCACUGAAGAGGCAGAGACGAGCAGCUCAAACUCAACGACCUCAGAAGAACUCUUUCCACGACGCUUAAAACGUGUAUGGUUACCGGAAAUUGAUAUUACAACUAUAUUUUCAACUAGAGUAAUGCUAACUAAUGUGUUGUUUAGUCUAGGAAUACUAGGAACGGUUGU